GUGUUAGUCUCCAGCGUGUGGUGGUCGCCAACGUACACUAAACCGCUAGAGGAAGCUCACUGUUAAACGAAACGAAGUUUGCGGUGCUGUUAAUCACCGACGACGAAGCCAUGAAGCUUUGUCUAGUCAUCGUCACAGUGGCCGUGGCCGUGGCAGUGGCCACGUGCCACGCACUUCCGGUGCCGCAGGAAACCGUUUUCGCUGUGUAUCCUGUGAACAGUGCCCUGGCGCAACACUCGACCGAUCAGCCCUUCAACACGCAACCGGAACAGGAUGGCACUGGCACUACUCCCGCUCUAUCUUCGCCCGUCGAAAAGCUCGCCGAGAGUAAGCUUCCGUCGGAGCAGCCGAAGGUGUUGGAAUCGGAGGAGUCCAAACCAACCGUCGCCGCCGCCGCCACCGCCGCCACCGCCGCUCCGACUGAGCAAAGCGCGAAAGUUGACGCCCCAAGUGUGGCAGCAAAAUUGGCUCCACUGGUGGAAACAACGACGGAAGCGAAGCCCGUCGAACCGACAACUACCCCUACCAGUCUGGGGGCUGCAAAGGACGAAGCUACAACGACUGAGCCGGCGAAAACGGUUCCACCACAAACACCCGUUCCGGAAACCAAAACCGACACUACAAAUGUGACCGCCGUUAAGGAGGUGGUUAAUGUACCAAAAGUGUUGGCUGCUGAUCCAACGGUCAAUGUGGAGAAGAAAGUUCCGAACGUAUCGGCGGAACAGACCGCAAGUGCGGACAAGGCACCUGCAGCCAGCGAAGACUCUCAGAAACUGCUAGAACCUGCCAAGGCCGAGGUAAAGUCGGAAGUAAGCAAAGAUGAACCGGCAAAACCCGCUGAAGAGCCCAAAAAAGCAGAAGUUGUUGAGGCCAACCAGGCCCGAUCGGCGGCCGUUGAGGAACCUGCCGCGAAAACCGAGGCCAAAGCUGAACCGGAGCGUAAGGAUGAUGUGAAGAGUGCUGAGCCCGCUCUUAAACCUGCUGCCGCCGUGGUCGAGGAACAACCAGCGUCUGCAGUGCCAACAAAGUCGGACCUCGAGCCAACUCCAUCGUCUACCGUGCCGGAACCCAAAACGGAAGGUGCGCAGCUGGACAAACCCACCAAGGUUCGCGCUGCACCCAUCGUGGAAGGUCUUAAGGUAUCGCAACCGGUCGAGGCAGAGCCAGCGGUCGCUAAAAUCCACGUAACCGUAAUUCAGGAGGAACUUCCGGUGGAGAAGCAAGUCGCUCCUAGCGUCCCUGCCCAAAACGUACCAGUGGCGGUGAACGAAGUGACACCCGUCGCGGUGGCGAAAGAAGUUCCAGCCACAACUACGUCGGAGGUAAACAGUGAUCCUAAGCCAACAGCCGUGAGUGAAACGCCCAAUGCCGAGACUAAGAGCGUUGCGACUGAGAAGAGUUCGGCUGUGGAGAGCAAAAAUGAACCGUCGGAAUCCGAAGUAACCGAAGCGGCGGUUACGGUUGAACCUACGACGAAAGUUGUCCCAGAACUGGGCCCAAUUGUCGUGGUGGUUCCCAGUGUGAUGUCCGAAUCGUCUGCCGAGGUCACCACUGUCGUUGCGAAGGACGACGAAGCGCUGCCUACGACGAAAUCCGAAGAAAAACCAACGACUGACGCAGCCCCAACGGUACGAUCUGCGCCAUCCGAUGACGAGCCAAAGGAGGUUAAGUUGGACGAUCAGCCGCCGGCAAAAGCUGCCAGCGACGGGAGUUCUCAGCCGGGGUCAGCAAAAGUCACGGAGUCCACCAGCGCGAACAGUGCGGAUCAGGGUGACAGUGACAGUGCAACAACGACGGUGACGAGUGUCACGGAGGCAGAACUCGCACCGACACCGGCCAGGCUGAAGGGUAAGAAACAAAUUCCUCCCAACCUACGAGGAUACAGCAAGCGUCUGAAGCAGCAAGAAGCGCGAAAGCAACUCGUCGACUUUGAGUAAUGGUCAUGCUGGUUGCGGCAAAUCCCACAAUGUCCCUAGCUCGUAAGGUGUAAGAACCGUGUAAGAAUCUAAGUGAUAGCUGUAAGAUGACAUCAUCACACUGAAUAAAGU